AUGCUUGUUGGUAGAACACCAUUUUAUGCUGAAACAAUUAAUAAUUUAAAAAAAUGCAUUUUACGUGGUAUUUAUCCAUUACCUAAUUAUCUAAGUAUACCAGCAAAGCGUAUAAUUACCCAAAUGCUUAUUAUUGAUCCAAUGAAACGAAGUACCAUUAAUGAUAUAAAG